AUGAGGCGGUCCAAGCGAGGCACUACAACAGAGCCAGUGCACUUUCUUCAUCGUGUGCUAUCCCGUUACAAGUACCGAGAAGGCAGCACGACGGAAGUGUCGCUAGAGGUGAUAGGGACGCUCAUGGCGUUUGUUGUAGUUCUUGACCAGAGUGUUGUCGUCGAGGGAUCGCUUGAGUAG